AAAUAGUCAUUAUGACAGUCACAGCAGGGGCAAUACCGUGAACAGAAAAUGAAGAAGAUCGUCGUAAAGGUGACGCGUCAUUGUCCCGCAGUUGUAGCACAUCUCUAGCGACUAUCGUCUCGGUCUCGAGUCCCGAAUUCUUUCCUCCCGACCCUCACCGCAACAAAGGAAGCAGCUACCAAAUCACACCACUCUCUAACUCUUAGUCUCUGUUAUUAUUCAGUUAUGUCUUCCUAAUUUUUUAAUCCCUAAACCUUGAUCAGUAUCUAAACACACAAACACAAAUCUUUCCCUAUUCAAAACACUUGAAAGACACCACCCAACCGACAAAUCAGAGGCCCCUAAUAUAGAAAAAGCAUAUAUAGUUAUUUUGAUGAUCAAUUGUUAUUUGACUUCAAUCAAUGGAUUUAGAUGCUCAAGGAGGCAACACUAACAGUAAUCGCGUCUUUAACCGACUCGGUGGCGCUCAGUUAUCAUCAUCAACAAACGACCCAAGGCAACAAAAGGUUUGUCACCAUUGGCGGGCGGGUCGAUGCAAUCGUUUUCCUUGCCCUUAUCUUCACAGAGAAUUGCCGCCGCCGCCGCCGCCGCAUGGGUCUAAUGGGCAUAGCAGUAGUAAUAAUAAUGCACCAUCGAAGCGUGGGUUUUCUAAUGAUUCCGGAUUUUCAGGGCCUUCUGGGUCCCGGAGAAGUGGAAAUUUUAAUAACGCGUCGUCUUGGGGAAGAGUAGGGAAUAAUAGUAACAAGGUUUUGAGAAAAACCGAGAAAGUUUGUAAUUUUUGGGUUCAAGGUAAAUGUAGUUAUGGUGAUAAGUGCAGGUUCUUGCAUUCUUGGAAUUUGGGUGAGAGUUUUUCUUUGUUGACUCAACUUGAUGGUCAUCAGAAGGUUGUUACUGGAAUUGCUUUGCCAUCUGGGUCUGAUAAGCUUUACACGGGAAGUAAGGAUGAGACUGUCAGGGUCUGGGAUUGCCAAUCUGGCCAGUGUAUGGCCGUGAUUCAGCUUGGAGGUGAAGUUGGUUGCAUGAUUAGUGAAGGUCCAUGGAUUUUUGUUGGUAUACCAAAUGUUGUCAAGGCAUGGAAUACACAAACUAACACUGAUCUAAGUCUCACUGGACCUGUUGGACAAGUUUAUGCCUUGGUUGUGGGAAAUGACUUGCUCUUUGCUGGUACACAGGAUGGGGCAAUAUUGGUAUGGAAAUAUAAUGCAGCUACCUUUAAUUUUGAACCAGCUGCGUCACUUCCAGGACAUACUGUUGCAGUUGUUUCACUAGUUGUUGGAGCUAAUAGACUCUAUUCUGGUUCUAUGGACCAUUCUAUAAGGGUUUGGAAUCUUGAAACCUUGCAGUGUGUGCAAACACUAACUGAUCAUACUUCAGUUGUCAUGUCUGUUCUUUGUUGGGACCAGUUUCUUUUGUCAUGUUCGUUGGACCAAAAGAUAAAGGUAUGGGCGGCUACAGAAAGUGGGAACUUGGACGUAACAUACACUCAUAAUGAAGAGCAUGGCUUGCUUACUCUCUGUGGGAUGCAUGAUUUAGAAGGCAAGCCAGUCUUGCUGUGCUCUUGCAAUGAUAAUUCAGUCCGCCUAUUAGAUUUACCUUCGUUUUCGGAGAGGGGAAAAAUUUUUGCUAAACAGGAGAUUCGUGCCAUUCAGACUGGUCCUGGUGGGUUGUUUUUUACUGGUGAUGGAACUGGUCAAGUAAGAGUGUGGAAAUGGGUGGCGGAACCAACUGCCAUCGCCUGAUGACCAAUUCAAUAGACAUGUGUCUACGUGUACUUUCUGAGCUUUCAUUAUUUGAAAUUAUUCUUCCUUAGGGUGUCUUGUAAUGGAAGUCUGAGGAAGGAGUAGGAGCAGAGAAUUCUAGUUUUGGGUUCCGAGAGUUAGAUUGUGCCAUAGUGAUUAGUGAUUUAUUGUAGAGAGAAGAGUUGCUUGGCUCGUUCCGAAGUUCGUAACAGUUGAGACAUUUGUCUGGUCUUACUUAACUUUAUUCAUAGAUAUCGGUGCACUCGAUCAAUAUAUAUUCACUGUGUCAAACCCAAUAUGCAUUUGUUUCCAAGCGUGUGGAGUAUUGAUGUCCCUUGGGGACUAGGAAUAUGGGGGGGUUAAUGUUAUUGCCCCUUGCCAAUUCGGCCAUGUAAUGAUGCAUUAGCAGUUCAAUAAAAAAGAAUAUUUUAUUGCUUC